AUGCAGACUGUAUUGACCAGCUGGCCUAUAGUGGGUGGUACUAUUGCAUGUGGAGUGUUUUUGAUGUUACUGUCUAUUGCUGGAAUUUAUGGUGCAAUCAAGCAUCACCAGAUUAUUUUAUUUUUUGUAUCCUUUGUUGAGAUAAGUUUACCAUUGCCAAAAAUGAAUUGUAGUUUGGAAAAAAGAAAGAACAGAAAGCUUUCAGUAACUGACAUAAUGGUAUGCCUGUGGUCUAGAUCAAUUUUUGGUUGUUGCCAUGGCUAUAUUAGUGAUUCAAAUUGUACAUAUCUAAGUCAGAGAGUUGGGCUGGUCAAAGCAAUCUCUCUGUUGUUUCUGCAAUAUAAAAUGCAACCACAAGCACAAAACUUGUAUAAUGUCACAUAAACAGUGCACAUACGUGUGCUUAUGAUGAUAACAACCUGAAUGCACUACAGCUGGAAAUGAGGGGUUCUGUGAGGUGCCAUGUUUUUGUUGCCUGUGCUUACGUUUACACUCUUGUAUUAUAUGGGUAAAUCACCCUUAAACUUCUGUAUCUUGCCAGAUGCCCCUUCAUGAAGUUCAAUAUAAGAUCAUCUUGGGGAGUUGCCUUAGUUAAUGGUCCAAGGUGUUUAUCCUUAACUAGAUGUAUGUGUAGUACAUGGCAAUUAUGAUUAUUGUGUUUAUUAUUCUCUUCUCUCUGUCUGUGGCCGCACUAUCAAUCAGUUCCAGUCAACAACAUGCACUUCUUAAGAAGGGCUGGGGAUCUCUGAGUAACAAAACAAAAGAAGAGUUCCAGAAGACAGGAGACUGCUGUGGUUUUGACCCCAAUUUUGAGAACAUUACAGAUGGUCCAUAUGGUCACCCAUCAUGUGCCGAGGUAUGGUUUAUUAGUAAAACCCAAUGUAUAUAAUUAGCCACACCUUUCUCCUAGAGUUAAUAAAUGUGAGACUCAGAGUCAUGAUUGUGGGUGCCUUGAUCUACAAGACCAUCUACUUUUUUGGAUAUAAACUGCGUGGUUUGGGGACAGAAAGAGUAUAAAGAACCAAAAUGAAAAAUCAUUAUUUUAGAACUUUGUGAAAACCACAAUAGAGGAUUUAUGGUAUUCCUAAAAUAUUUCUGGUGUUCAAAGUUUUAUUAGCUGAGAUGAGCCAGCCAGAACCAGAAAUAUUUCAAACAAAUAAUAAUCUUUAAAAUGCUGUUCAAAUAAACCUCUAAGAUUGUAUUGUUACUGCAACAAGGAACCUGAAGGGUGUAGUAAGGAAAUAUCUAUAGUUCCCUCACAAUUCUGGGUUCAAAAUUAACUUUGUGAUACAAGAGCCAUCUGGUGACCAGCCUUGACAUUCUGGUCGCUAGCUAUUUCUAGGCACGUUGGAAACCAGCUGGUAACAAUUUAAGACCCAUGAACAUGUACACACCAAUUUCAAAUCACUGUGAGGCCUCUUGAAAGAAACUUUAACUCUUCCACUGCUGGAGUCAAUUAUUGAGCCCCCCGGGGGACUUAUUUAGUUAAAGCCCAUUUGAGAGGGGGCUUAAUAGAGACGGAGGCUUAUUUAAUUUAGAAAAGAUGAUUGUAUCAGUUGUUCAUAAAGAACUAGAAUACAAAGUGGGAAAGCUCAAGUACAAGAAGGUUAGAGGUCAUGCAGUCAAGGAUCAGAAUCAAAUCCGAACUUCCAGUUGGUAAAUAAACCAUCCUGGAUCAGUCCACAUGAAGUAUUACAGUCAUGAUUGAUUAAUACAGUCUAUCAUUAAUUUUAAUGGUGAAUAAUUAUUAGGGGAGCGGAGGGGAGGGAGGCUUUUUAAUUUUCUUCCCCUGAAAAGGGGGGGGGGGACUUAUUAGAGGGAGGGGGCUUAUUUGAGAGGAGGGCUUAAUGGAGGAUUUACAGUGUGUACUGUUUUAUGACCAUUUACAUUGAAUAGAAGGACAUGCUAGCAAGCCACAAAGGCACAAACAUAUUAGCUGUUGCUGCUUGCAGUUUAUUUAUACCUAGACUGAUCAGCUCUUUCCUUGCAACACAAUAAUAUGCCAGAAAUUUUACUGGUGUUCAAGGUUUUGUAAGUUUCAAAGUAAAUUUCCUGGCUAAUUCUUAAUAACCAGCUACGUGUAGUAUGUACCAAAUUUGGACGUUGUGUUCUGUUUACUUUACCAUUGAUGUUGAUCAUGAAAUAUCCAGUCAAAAGAGGGACUAAAAUAAUAAUGUCAUGCAAAGACAAUGGCAUGGGAGUAAAGUAAGCUGUUUUGAUGAGGAAGUGGUGGAAGAUCGCAAACAUAAUGCAAAAGCAAAAUAGCCAAAUCACUGCCUCAAAAACAGCAAGAUUACACAUAAUAACCACUUGAGGGAUAACUACUGCUUUUAAGAUAAUAUCUGCCUGAAAAAAGCAUCACACUGCCAAGGAACCGGCAAAUAUUUUGUAGAUUGGAAUUUAUAAUUAUCAUACUCAGCCUCAUCCAAUAACAUUAUUAUUUUAUUCUUGAUCGUUUCACUAAUAUUUUCAGCUUCCAUGUUGCACGAAUCACACCAUUAGUUGCCCAGAUCAGUGUCCCACAUGUUAUGAUUACCUUACAAACACAGGACUGAAAACAGUUAAGAAUGAUGUGGGAGGUAUUGGACUCUUCUUUAGUUUUACACUGGUAGGUAAAAAUUAUAGAAAUAACUAA